CAAACUUUGUCAGACAGACCCUAAUCCUUGCCAAUCUUACCGCUGAAUCUGCUUCACCACCAUGACAAAAUGACAACGCCGUAUACUCCCUCAGAAACAACUAGAAAUGAGGACCUGAAAAAGAAGAUGUCCUUUUCUAUGGGCCUCAAGAAACUAACGAAGCUGGCUUCUAUUCUCAACUUCACGGCGGCUAUUGGCAAUGAGCAGGCUCAACUGUCUGUACAGACUGAGCAAUCUCAACAUCUGCAUACUCAAACACCAGACGGACAUAAGAGAGGUGAAUCCUUCCAUGCUAUAGGCUAUGAUGCAGUGUCUAUUGCUAGAGAACCUAUAGUAGUGAAACAUCUUCCAGAUCGUACCGCUUCCGGUUCCACUGCUGUAGGAUCACCGCCACGACACUCUUCAAUAGAUAGCUUCUCUUCGUUGGAUCCCAAAUCAAGACGUCCCAGCACCAGUGAGCCCAAACAGCAACAUUCUCAACAAACGCAGCCUUACACACAGCAGCCACAACCUCGUCAGGAUCAACAGUUGUCAUCUAUAGGACUCAACCUCGUAGGCUAUGGUCUCUCCACCGAAGAUCUCAUGCCACCUCCUUCUUUCAAACCAUAUCUUAUCCACCAUCAAAUCAACGAUAACCUAAUAACUAAUAACGACUCCAACAUUACCAGCAAUACUAAUAAUAUCAACAAUAGUAAUAAUAAUGGCAGUGAUAAUAACGGCGUUACACCUUUGAACGUCUCUACAACUUCAUUACCAGAUCUGUGUCUGCAUUCGCCUUCGUAUUCUCCCACGCGAUCAAAGAUGACUCGUUUUGCGACCUCUGGCGACAUUUCUGCUUCUUCAUCAAACCAUACUAUACAAUCUUUCACAGCCGUAGCCUCUCAUAUGCACCAGAUACCGAGAGCUGAUGUAGUCGACCAGCUUUUUGAGACAUUGCUCUCGACACGAGUAUUUACAGAUAAGGCUGUAAAAUCCUUACGAGAACAGCCAACAAAGAGAAAAUGGGAAUUGCUACUUCGCGAAGCUGAGACGAACACAGGGUUUGACCUCAGGUCAUUGACACGGCAAGUGACUCUAUCAAUUCCGAAUAUUCCAUUGUCUAACAAGCAAGAUGCUCCAAGCACAGAUAAUUUGUCUGCUCGUGAGGCAGAAAGUAUCUUCAGUGAUAAUACCGAAUUAGAGAAAACGAAAUCACGACAACACCCUGCUAUGAGGGUGAUUUCCAAAAUCAGUGUAGGGUCUAAGAAAAGUUCUGACGAGUCAAGUAAGAACAAGAAGUCCUUUGAUUCGAGUCAUUCGGGAGAAGACAGCUCACUCUUUCUCAAUAGUGGAAGUGGAAAGAAACGUAAAAUUAAAGAUGGAUCACCUGAAUGGUUUGUUUCCAGAAUUAUGUCUAAUAAACUCACGACUAGAGAGUAUAAAAAGUUAGAAAAGAGACUUCUGGACAACCAGUACAAGCCAAAAUACAGUGGCACAUGGGUCCAACUGUUUCAUGAUGCCCAGGGUGAAACUGCUUUAGCAGUGAUUUUGUCCAGAAUAAACAAAAAGAGCAUUAAAAACGACGAUGAAUUGGACAAAGAAUGUAUAAUUGUGAAGUGUAUGAAACAUAUAUUGAAUGCUGAAAGAGACGAAGAGGAAGAUGUUCUGAUCGACAAUAUAUCUGUGACGUCUAGUUAUACUAAAACCAAACUUCACCUUAUCAAGGCGUUGAUCUACUCCUUGGUUUCUCCAAGAUUGGUUACCAGAAUCCUCGUGACAGAAGUGUUGAUUUUCUUAUCCAUAUAUAAGGAUAACAUCUUUCUCCCGGCGAUCUUGGAUAAUUUGGUUAAUCUACAAGAUCUACUAGGUGACUAUGCUAGAUUCCAGCCGUGGUUGAAUUCGUUAGAGUCUUUUCUUGACAAGUAUUUUGCUCCUGAUAGAUCAGUUGGAGAUACCAAUUUGAAGGAUUAUUGCUUGACAACGUUGUUGUUGGUCAAUGCAUUCAUUGAGGGAACACAUAAUUUGUCGAAAAGAAUCUCUCUUCGAAGGGAAUUCAACGAUUCACGUUUGCUAAAAGUGUUUGACAAGAUCCGUUUGAUUCAGGAUGAAAGAAUCAACGAAGAAAUAGAAAAAUACGAAGUAUUUGCUGAAGAAGAUUACAACAAGUUCAUGGAGUUAGAAGACCGCAGAAUUCCUCCGAGAACCGAGUACAGCCAAAUGAACCUUACAGAAUUACUCGAUGAACUCAAAACUCAAUACGCAACUACCACCAGCAGCGGAGAUCUUGACGAAAAUUCCAACGAAUAUUCUCUCGCCGGAAUCAUCAGCAACAUUCUUCUCCUCAACGAAACUGGUAGAUCUGCUUCCGACGUCUCGAAGUUAUUAGUUCUUAUAAGAGCGGUAGUGCAACAUGUUGUAGCUGAAUCUUCUACAAUUGGGUCCGAUUCUAGUUCCGUAUUAAGUGUUUCCAUUCUGAGACUUAUGGACAGGUUAACCAGUGAUGAAAUAGCUAAGACGGCGAUUGCCGAGUCCAAAGACUUGUCAUUUGCGGUCAAGAAGUUGGAAGAAGAAAAGGCAGAACUUGAGAAGGAAUCUGGUUUUGGAUGGGAUAAAACUGUACAGAUGCUAAGAAAGGAGAAAACUACUUUCCAACAUGUGAUUGCCUCCCAGGAGAGCCAAAUAGGGAUCUUGCAAAGAAAGAUAAACGUAUUAGAGGAAGAAAAACGUAGACUUUAUGGCUCAGGCACUACAAAGAAAACACACUUCAGAGUAUCAAACGACAAACCCAAUGGACAAAGUGAGGACAUGAUGCAAGAAUUGCAAUCAGCAUUGUCUGCACGUUUUAGCUCAGACAAAAGUGAUACAGUUGGCUCAUUGAACUCUUCGAUUCAUACUAUUAGUGCAUAUGAACAACAGUUUGACUCCGAUGGACACCAAUCAAGUUCUCAUGAUCGGCAAUUAGGUAAUAGUCAUCAUUUGGGACCAAGUGCUUCUAUACUAAAGACACCUCAAAUCGUGGGAACUUAUGCUGACUUGCGAGAUGAACACGAUUCCCCGAUUCUCAGACCACCAACACCUCCCUUAUUGUUUUUUGGGAAUUCUUCAUCUGGAGCUACACUUGCUCUGAAUGAUGAGAUAGACCCAUCAGCCAUCACUCCUCCACCACCUCCUCCACCACCUCCUCCACCGUUACCAGGUUUCAUGAAUAUUGUGGCCACAGGUGGCCCACCUCCCCCUCCUCCACCACCAUUGCCUGGCUUUAUGGUCAAUAAUUCCGAGACUGUAAAUAUAGCAGCACCUCCACCAGCACCUCCUUUGCCAGAGUUUAUGAGGACAGUUAAAACAGAUAUCGGAGGUCCGCCACCACCACCACCUCCUCCUCCGCCACCGCCUUUACCAGGAUUCAUGAACUCUUCUGGAGCUCUUCUUCCUUUAGCUGAAUCAGGAUUAAGUACUCCCGCUGAACGUGACGUAACUAUCAUAAUUCUGUCUGGGUCUGCAACUCCUGCUACUCCUGCUUCGCCAAGAGGGAUACAAACAGAAAUCGAGAUUCCUUUAAUCAAACCCAAGGCCAAAUUGAAACAGAUGCAUUGGGACAAAAUCGAGAAUAUAGGUUCUACUUUCUGGACUGAUAUCGAGCACAACCAACUUUCUGAUAAGUUGCUUGAAAAAGGUGUGUUAGGAGAAGUAGAGAAGGUAUUUGCUGCCAAAGAGUCGACUAUGAAGUUCAAAAAGAAUGUUAACAAUAGUAAUGAACCACUGAAGCCGAAGAAGGUAUCAUUCUUAAGUAGAGACUUGGCACAGCAAUUUGGGAUCAAUCUUCAUAUGUUUGCCAGUAUUUCUGUAGAUCGUUUUAUUCUCAAGGUAUUACGAUGUGAUGAUGAUGUGCUUGAAAACAUUAGUGUAUUGGAGUUCUUCAACAGCGACGCUCUCAUUGAAAUCACUGACUCGAUGACCAGAAACUUCACGCCGUACUCACUAAACCUUUCAGAUCCCGUCAUGAAACCCAAAAAAGAUCCAGACGAACUUGAGAGGCCUGAUAGAAUCUUUCUUGAGUUAUGUUUCAACUUGAGACACUACUGGAAAUCAAGGUCACGGGCUCUUUUGUUGACUCAAACGUAUCACAAGGAGUAUCAGGAUCUUGUCAGGAAGUUGCUGCUUCUUGACGAAGCAAAUAGGCAUCUUAGAAAUUCAGAGAGUUUGAAGCAUGUCCUUGGAAUUAUCAGAUCAGUUGGUAAUUUCAUGAAUGAUAGUUCGAAGCAGGCAAUGGGUUUCAAGUUGGAUACUUUGCAAAGGUUAAAGUUUAUGAAAGAUGACAAGAACUCGAUGACCUUUUUGCAUUACAUUGAAAAGAUCGUCAGAAAUUCAUUUCCGGAGUAUGGAUCCUUUGUUGAUGAAUUGAGUUGCUUAAUUGUCAUACAAAACAUAUCCAUUGAACAAGUCGAGGCGGACUGUAUCGAAUUUGAGAAGCAAAUCGGUAACGCUCAAAGUUCGUUAUCUAAAGGAAAUCUAAGCGACGAAAGCAAACUUCAUCCUCAAGAUAAGGUUUUAUCUAAAGUGAAAGAACCGAUGGAAAAGGCAAAAUUGAAGAGUACGCUUUUACAAAAUCACUUGCACAGGACAUUGGAAGAGUUUGACUCUUUGAUGGAAUACUUCGGAGAGAAUCCAAAGGAUUCCUUCAGUAGAAGUGGGUUCUUCAACAAAUUUGUAACCUUCGUUAAUGAGUUUAAGAGAGCCCACGUAGAGAAUGUUCAGAAAGAAGAAGACCAACGGUUGUAUGAAACUAGAAAGAGGAACAUCGAGGAAUCAUUGAAGAAGAAUAAGAAAAAGGAAGAAAUCAAGGGUGAUACCGAGCUUUCAAGUGACGACGACGAUGAUGAUGACGACAUUGAUGAUGAAGAAGAUGAAGUGGACGAUCCUGAAAUCAAGGAAUCUGAACCAAAGAAACAUAAAGGUGACCAGACAAGUAUCAAUACUUCUACCAGUGGAGAAAGUGGAGCUGCAGUCAUUGACAGUUUAUUGGAGAAGUUGAAGACCAGUGCGCUGGUUUCAUCAACAAGUAGUGCCAGGGAACGAAGAAAUAGAAACCGCCGUAGCAAGGCUCUUUCUUUCUAUUCAGCGAUGUCGAUGGAUGAUCUCUUGGAUCUGGAAUCAGCUAGUGGAGAUGUUGAACUGGCUGCUCAUUUAAGUGCCUCAGUUGAAUAUGAAAGUGUCAAUAGCUUAAAGAGAAGAAUGACAGAACGUAGAAGACAAAAUGAUGGUGCAAAUGCUUCUAAUAGAACCGACCAAGUGAUGCUUCGUGCGCAGGCGAUGUUAAAACAAUUGAGAAGUGAAAGAGACGUAAGUCCUACGAGUGCAGAAGGGUUUGAAAAUGUUGAUGCAGAUACGGGUGGAGCCGUUGAAGACUCCGAUCCCGAGUCUGCGUAUGUCACUGCAGAAACAGAAGAAUGAUAUAUCAGCUAUAGAUAUCAGAUAUAUUAAUACUUAAUACUC